UCCAUUUUAUUGGGGUUUAGGAAGGAAAAAAAAAACUAAAAGCAGUUACCAGAGCAGCAAUUGACAGAGAAUCUCUCUGCAAUCAAGUUCAAGCUCCAAUGGAGCUCCCAUCCCAACGAAGAAGAAGACCCACCCCAGAUCACCCACCGUACUCCGAGAUGGUGCAAUGUGCAAUUAGGGCUUUAGGCGAGGACCAAGGGUCCACGGAAUCCUCAAUCUCGGCCUACAUCAGGGCCCACUACGAGUCCCUCCCCUGGGCCCACUCCCGCCUCCUCCCCUACUACCUCCACAAGCUCCUCCUCGCCGGCGAAAUUCGCGAAUCCCCCCUCCCCAAUCGGUUCGCUCUACCCCCAGACCCUGACCCUGACCCUAGUACCCCACUAAACCCUAGCCCCAAAGCCCUACAAAGCCCUAGCGUCUCUCCUCCGCCUGAUACCGGGCCGGGUCGUAGCUCUCGGCCCAGAUUGAUCCUGAAGCUGAAGAGGCACAAAGACCGUGAAAACUGGCGGUGGCUGAAUCUCAAGACAAAAGAAUUGAAUGGGCAUGAUAAUGAAGUUUCGACGUCGGCGUUGAAAGAAUGAAACAUAUCGCUUCUCUAUUUGUUCUAACAAAGAGUUGGAUGCGUUACCUGGUUGU